AAACGCAGUCCCAAAUCAGUUUAAUCGCAAAUCGACACCCGUAGCUAAUCGCUCCGUAUCGGUCAGUAUUGCUCGUACCACGGAGCCGAAAUGUGGUGGAAAUUGAUUGGAGCAUAUCUGCUAGUAUUGUUCGCAGUGACAGUGGCUCAGAACUCUGAGCCGGAUUGUUCAUCCGUUCUGUCGUAUGCCUUCUUCCCGGUGGAGGACGAAUGCGAUCAAUUUGUGUUCUGUAACGACGGAGUGGCGGAAAUUUUUCAAUGCGGAGAGGAACUAAUCUGGUCCCAAGAUGAAGGCGCUUGUGUGUUAGGAGAUAAAGCCACGUGUGCACCGUGGACGCCUGAAAUCGCUUGCGGCAACAAUACAGUUGAACGGGUGAUUGAGUAUCCCAGAAAUUGUGGCAAAUAUAUCUGGUGCGGCGUGAAUGACGUUGAGGUGAUGGAAUGUAACCCAGGAUCAAUCUUCAGUACGGUCGACUUAAAAUGUAUUGCUGGAAGCGUGAAAACGUGUGAAUCGCUGGAGCAUUUGUGCGAUGAUAGAGAAAACGAUGCUUUGCGUCAUCCGGAUCGGUGUGAUGUUGCGAUUGUGUGUGGAGAAGAGACAGUAAUGGCCAAGCCUUGUCCGGAGGGUGAUAUAUUUUUAGAAGAUGUCGGCAUCUGCCUUCCUGGCGAUGCCGAAAGCUGUCAGCCCCUACCACUCGAAGAAAUGUGUGUGAACAGAACUAAUCAAAUUCUGAUGCAUCCGGAUAGAUGUCAAUCGUAUGUGAAUUGCCGGUAUGGUUUGCCCAAUGUUGAAGACUGCCCCCGUGGCACAAUAUUUUUUCCAAGGAAUAUGACUUGCGUAGUGGGAACAAUUGCAGUCGACGGAACUUGUGAACUGCUUGACGAAGUGUGUGUUAAUGCUACGAUUGGUGAAUAUCGGGAACACUCAGAGGGUGUUUGCGACGUAUUCGUAGAAUGUUUAGAAAACGAGUUUCCAUUGAUACAUUUCUGCGCACAAGGCAGAAUUUGGAGCCAACGAUGGUUGAUGUGCGUUCCCGGAAACCAAACCAACUGCCAGCGUUCACCACUCGAAACUGUUUGUUAUGGUCAGCCUAGUUUUUCGGAUUUUCCCCAUCCAGAAGACGAUUGCUCACAGUUCGUUAGUUGCAACACCACGCAUACCAAUGAAAUACCAUGCCCUGUACACCAUAUUGUUCAACCCGGCACACUAGACUGCGUCCCUGGUAUUCCGAGCUCAUGUACAUCUCUGGACGACAUGUGCGAAGGCAAACAAGAUGAAUAUGUUUUUCUUCCUGAUGAUUGUGAACGUUUCAUCCACUGUAAAAACAGUCAAGCAAGCUGGAUACUUUGUCCACCGGGAGAAAUUUUCGAUGAAACUGUUCAGGAGUGCACUCCAGGUGACACGGAGCUAUGUGAACCUCUGGAAUGUAAGAGGGACAUCUCAAGGCAUCCCAAUUACUGUAAUAUGUACUUCGGCUGCCCGCUAGACAAAGUCAACAUCUAUAUGUGUCCACAUCCGCUCAUCUGGCAUGAACUCUUGUGGAUCUGCACUCCCGGUUCCUCGACAGAUUGCACAUAUGAUCCCUUGGACACCAUGUGUACUGGCCGAUUUGAUAACGAUGUCUUCCCUUAUCCGACCCAAGAGCCCAGAUGUGAUUCUUAUGUGACAUGCCUUCGAGGUGAAGCAACGGCACAAACCUGUCCACUGGGAAUGAUUCUUCAAAGGCAAUCUCUGGAUUGUGUUUUCGGCAAUGAUAAGACAUGCGAAACUUUCACUUUGCAAAGUUGCAGUGACGAUAAUGAAUGGGUCAUCAUUCACCCGAGCAUGUGCAAUAUCAGAAUUGUUUGUGCACUUGGAAAAUUUUCGACAGUAGUAUGUCCAGAAGGACAAAUUGUCAACGAAGAGACGAUGAUUUGCCAACCGGGUGUAUGUGUUGAACCAGAUCCAGCGGACACCAUUUGCGUAGGACAAACGGAUGGAGUACUGUUACCCGCUAUUGAUUCCGAAAACUGCAUAGAUUAUUACGAGUGCCAGGAUGAAGUUGCUAUUGGUGGUAGCUGUCCAGAAGGGAAUAUUUUCCACAGAGAGGAGAGAAUUUGUAUUCUAGGAGUUGCCUCGGGAUGUGAAGAUCUUCGCAAUUACUGUCUGGAAAAACCGAACGGCAACUUUCUGUUCCCUGAAGACGGAAAAUGCAACUUAUAUUUGGAAUGUGACGAUGCUACGACUAUUUUAAGUUCCUGUCGUUCAGGGGACAUUUUUAUUGACGAAAAUGUAGGAGUUUGCGUACCCGGAACAAUUCCAGAGUGUGAUGCGCUACCAGUAAGCGCCAUGUGUGAUGGCAGAGUAGAUCCACAGCUUUAUCCUCAUCCAGACGAUUGCACAUCUUUUGUAACUUGUCAAAAUAACGAAGCAUCUGUAUUUGGAUGCGCUAGAGGUAAUAUAUUCAGUGCCAUCAACAUGCAGUGCUUUGCUGGAGAUUCUUGUCUGCUAUUCGCUGGGUGCUCCGACGAAGCUCAAGGAACGAUCCUUCCACAUCCGACUACCUCAGAAUGUGACCUUUACGUGGAGUGUUCGAACGGUUUGGGUUUUGCUAAGGAAUGUCCGGCUGGAAACAUUAUCACGCCUGAAACUGGCAACGAGUGUGUUCCAGGAGAUGUUGAUACUUGCACGGUGACUUCAGGAAGACAACUGGAUAGAAAGCAACUACCUCAUCAUGAUCCAGAAAACUGUAAACCAUUUCCAACAAGCGGUCGAUGAUUGCAUUGCAACAGGUGACAUCAAUCAAUUCUGCAAACAUCGAUCGAACGGAAAAUAUCCACACCUACAUCCACAUCUUAUCUUUCUCUAUGUGGAAUGUUUGAGAGGGGCGCUUACUGUAAGUGCGUGCACGAUUAAUUAGUUUUUCGAUGCGGAUAGCAACGAAUGUAUUGUAUGAUAUUAGAUAAAACUCGUCAUGGUAAAAAUAUUUGGAGCAAAUCAAA